CUCCCAUACAAAAAACCACCACCAAAAAAGGCUCGCCCAUACUAACUGCGCUUCCCACCACGCUUUUUAUAUACACUCGCCCACCUCAACUAUACUCAACGUCCAGCACCAGAGGACGUUCAAGGUAAGCUUGCUGCUCUUCUUCCAUCUUCUGCGACUCUCUCGCCCUCCAUCUUCAGCCUGUUUCUCUGCUUUCCGUUCUUGCUUGCUCGCUCGCUCGCUCUACGAUCUAUAUAGAUCUAUACCAAGCACACCAAACUCCUGCCUGCACGCAAUUCCGUCGUCGCAAAGCUCUGCUGCUCUGUUUAUUCCUCUUGAUCAGUCUCGUCAACGUCUCUUUUUCACUUUUUGUCUUAUUAUUAUUAUUAUUUUUCGGUGGUCGCUUUUUUUUCUCUCUUCUCACCCUCUCUCCCCGGGCCUUGCUCUACGUGUUUUUCACCACCAUCGCAGCCAGCCAGUUCACUACUGCUUGACUACACGCUCAAACAGCGCGUCUGACGGUGUAAAACACGUCGCAUCCUCCUUCUCAUCGCUGUUGUCGCUUUUUCGAGCUCGUUUUCACUGCGGUUUUGACGUGCUUCGGACGCGACUCGGCCUGGAGCUUUUCCUUCCCUCUCUCUCUUUUUUUUUUUCUCACUCUCUUUUUCCCUCUCUCUCCUUCUCCUUCCAACCUAGCGUACAUCACCUACUAUAUACUCUCCUCGACAGACUCGACGUCCCGGCUAACAAGACGCCUUCCACUUCAGACUCUCAAGUCACCAAUAUAAAGACUAAAACAGUCAAGAUGCCUAAGGAGAAGACCACUGCCCGCAAGACCAAGCGCGGCGUCGAGAAGAAGAAGAAGGACCCCAAUGCCCCAAAGCGUGGUCUCUCUGCCUACAUGAUCUUCGCCAAUGAGCAGCGUGCUGCUGUCCGUGAGGAAAACCCAAACAUCACCUUUGGCCAAGUUGGCAAGGUCCUCGGAGAGCGGUGGAAGGCCCUGAGCGACAAGCAGCGAGUCCCCUAUGAGGAGAAGGCUGCCACUGACAAACAGAGAUACGAAGACGAGAAGGCCGCAUACAACAGCCGUCAGGAUGAUGACGAAUCCUCUUAAACGAGAAGAGAAACCAGACAUGAAGUGAAAAGGCAACCGUUCCAUAGUUGCUCUUUUAGAAGACAUGUCUUCUCUCCUGUAUUUGCUGGUGAUUGCUUGCUUGCUGGUUACGUCGUCUGUAUCUGUUAUACCGUUUAAUCGCUCUCUUGUCUCGCUUGUCAAGGUUGUCUCCCUUUCGUCGCUUUCCUCUUUCCUUUCCUCUUUUCCUCUUUUAUUCAAACGGCUUUUCUUCUGGGACGGACGGUAUCGAUGGGGGUUUCAUGGUUCCAAAGCUCUAUUAUGUAUUUUCAUCAUCCCACCUUGAGUGUUCCCCCCUUACCUUGACUGCUUCUUCCUUUGCUUUUUUUUUUUUUUCAGGUAUUGCCUCACCGUCGAU